CGAAAGACAGCACGAGACUCGAAUGCGAUAUCGAUAGCCCGUGAGCAUCGAUUGUGCGAACCUUCCCUGUUAAUGGCAAAAAAGAAGAAGCGAGAAAAGAAUUUUAGAAGAAAGCAACUGCAAUUUUGUCAUAAUCUAGGUGCAAUUCGCAAUGAAUAAUGGAAAAUAGACAGUCCAGUGCCAGUGAUGUGAUAGUGCCAGAGCUCUACUUCCUCAUCUCCAAGUUCCUGGCUGCGGGGCCGCUGGAGGAGACGGGAAAGGUGUUAAUCCGCGAGCUCGAGGAGAAGAAGGUUCUGCCCCGUCGCAUUGAUUGGCUGGGGAAUGAGCAUGAACAGACCUUUGCCGAAUUGGAAAAAAAAUACGCGCACAUUGGCGCCCAACAUUUGCUGGAGAUAUGCGGCCGCCUGUGCCCUCUGGUGGACCGGGAACUGCCACCCAGUGUGCCGGGAAUAAACUCGCUGCUGGGCCGUGGGCGACAGAACCUGCUGCGUACCAAGGAGACCGUUUACAGUCAUCGCUCGCUAAGAGACUACUGCACUACAUUGCAUGGCGUCUCCCUUCCGGACUCGAACCUAACCAAGUCCACACACAACUUGAGCCGCGUCCUUGCUGGCCGGGAACAUGGCUGCAAUGUGCGGCGCAAGCUGCUCGUGCCCACGGAAAUUUAUCGUAAGACGAAGCUCCUCCGCCGCACCGUGGGCCACCUGUCUUCGGUGUAUUGCGUGCUCUUCGACCGCACUGGACGCUACAUAAUCACGGGAGCCGAUGAUCUGCUCAUCAAGAUAUGGUCGGCUGCAGAUGGUCGUCUGCUGGCCACCUUGCGCGGCGCCUCUGCUGAGAUCACGGACAUUGCCAUUAACCUGGACAAUACAAUGCUGGCCGCAGGAUCGUUGGAUCACAUCCUUAGGGUGUGGGAUAUGCAGACCACCUCACCUAUCGCCGUCCUGUCUGCCCACACUGGCAUGAUAACGUCGGUGAACUUCUGUCCCUCGCCUCGCAGCGAUUUGAAGUAUCUGGUGACGACUAGCACGGAUGGGUCAAUAGCCUUCUGGCAGUACUCCACGCCGCGCGGCCAGAAGAUUACAUUUGCUCCGAAGCCGACACAGUACCACGAGAAGCUGCGCCCCGGCCAGGCACAGAUGAUGUGCACCACAUUCUCGCCGGGUGGCAUAUUCCUGGCCGCCGGCUCAGCUGAUCACCAUGUGCGCGUCUACAUGAUGGGCGAGGACGGACCGAAACGGAUUCUGGAAACGGAGGCUUACACCGAUGCCGUAGACUCGGUGCAGUGGUCGCACCGUGGCCUGAGAUUCAUUUCGGGCAGCAAAGAUGGUACAGCUCACAUCUGGACCUUUGAGUCGCAACAGUGGAAAAGCGCCAAGCUGUGUAUGACGGAGCGCCUGCCCAGCUGUCCGCAGCCGGAGGAGGGAAAGAAGCUGAAGGUCACCAUGGUGGCCUGGGAUGCCUCAGACCGUUAUGUUAUCACCGCCGUCAACGAUUUCACCAUUAAAAUCUGGGACUCGAAAUCAGCCAAGCUGCAUCGCGUCUUGCGCGGCCACAGGGACGAGCUUUAUGUACUGGAGUCGAACCCUAGGGAUGAACAUGUCCUGCUCUCUGCUGGCCACGACGGCCAGGUGUUCUUGUGGGACAUUGACCAGGGUGUUUAUGUUGCAAACUUCCUCAAUGAUAUCGAUGGCCAGGGCCAUGGCUGCCUCUUUGAUGCCAAGUGGUCGCCAGAUGGCACAAUGAUAGCCGCCACAGACUCUCAUGGACACAUCCUGAUCUUUGGCCUGGGAAUGUGUAUUGAGAAAUACAAAAUGCUGCCCACCGAGCUCUUCUUCCACACGGAUUUCCGGCCCUUGCUGCGCGACGCCCAACAACAUGUGGUGGACGAACAGACUCAGAUAAUGCCGCAUCUCAUGCCGCCGCCAUUUUUGGUCGACGCCGAUGGCAACCCGCAUCCCUCCAAGUACCAACGCUUCGUCCCGGGCAGGGAGAGCUGCAGCAUGGACCAAUUGAUACCCAAUUUGACGGUAGGCGUGGAUGGCGUCGUGAUCGAUGACAAUGCCAACGCUCAGCUGAAUGCUGACGGUGUUGCUGCUCCUGCUGCGCCGGUUGGUGCGCCCGCUCCAGCCUCUCCCGCAAUUGGUGGCCCAGGUGCAGGAGGAGGAGGAGGAGGAGCAGCUGGAGCCAACUACUCGCACAUAGACCGCAUGAUCGCAGCCCUGGCCAAUCGCCAGUCGGGCAAUGCCAACGUCAACGAAGCCAAUGCGAGCAAUGCCAACCAAUCUUUCGAGCGCCUGACCAACCGACAACCGCUUCCCGACUCCAAUGGCAGACAGUCCUCUCGCGGCAAUGUUCUGGGCAGCCGUAUGGGUACACCACGCCAAGGAUGGGGCGCGGCAGCGGCUCCAGCUGCGGAGGAGGCCCUGCUACCGCCGGCAGAGCCAUUGGGACAGGCGGCACCAGCGCAAGCCCAGCAGGCGCUACCACUUAAGUUUGUCCGCCGCACAUAUGUGCGUCCCAUGAAGUACGCUCAGUUGCAGAACCUUAAGCAGACCAUAUACGCCGCCGGCCAGUUCGAGAAACAGGAAUACAAGCGGGAAAUGCGUCGCCGACCCAUAAUGAUCAAUACGGCCAGUGUGGCGUCAUCGCAGCUAGCUGGCGUUGUGGGCAGACCGCGCAAUACGAGAGCCAAUGGAAGCGGAGGCAGUGGUGGAGGAGGCGCAAGACCGGCUCGGAGGCGUGGAGCCCAGUCAGGAGCCGGACAACAGCAACCGGCCUAUCGUACGCGUGCUGUGCGUUCGCAGGAGCCGGAGCCAUACGAUGAAGUGGCACCGCCCCACGAGGAAGAGGAAGAUGACGUUUCCAGCAACUCAUCUGGUGACACAAGCUACUCAAAUGUGGAAGAAAACCUGGAGGACAGUAGCGACGAGUCGGAUACGGACAGCUCCGACUACUCGGACUGGGUGGCGGACACCCCGGGACCGAACCUGGAGCCGCCCAAGCGCUCCAAGCGCAAACCGCUCUCCCGCCGACCUCUUAGCAGCGAUGACAGUAGCGAUGAUGAAGCAGCAGCCGGCCGAGCAACUGGUGGCCAGGUUCAGGCCCGCAAGGUGGGCCGUAAGACUGUCCUGAUUCCGCCCACAGAUGCGAAUGGCGAGAUACCGGAACUGUAUCGUCCCGCCGAAUGGCUUUCCGAGGUGAUUCCCCGCAAGGCGCCCUACUACCCCCAAAUGGGUGACGAGGUGGUUUACUUCAGGCAGGGACAUGCCAAGUACUUGGACGCUGUUCGCACGAAGAAGGUCUACAAGCUGUCGCACAGCUCGGAACCCUGGAACUUUCACACGCUGCGGGACCACGAGCUGGUCCGUGUCAUUGGCAUUAAGUACGAGAUCCGGCCGCCUAGACUGUGCUGCCUGAAGCUGGCCAUCAUCGAUGAAGAGGGUAACAUGACGGGGACCUCGUUUAAGAUCAAAUACCAUGACAUGCCCGAUGUCCUGGACUUUCUGGUGCUGCGCCAGACCUUCGAUUUGGCGGUGCAGCGCAACUGGAGCAUUGGUGAUCGCUUUCGCUGCAUGAUCGUUGACGGCUGGUGGAUGGGACAGAUCGAGUCGCGCCACCCCCUCUCUGCAGACUUCCCCGAUUCCUUUUUCAUGUGCUUCCGCGUGCGCUGGGACAACGGUGAAUACGAAUUCAUGAGUCCCUGGGAUAUGGAGCCGAUUGAUCAGGAACGUGUGCCGGACGAGGUCGGAGGUGCUGUACCGGUGCUGCCAGAAGAGAUUCGCGCCACCCUGUACCAGCCCAAGUCGGAGGAGUGGCAUCGUGGAGAUCGUGAUGGCACAUGUCGACGCAUUAUCAAUGGCCUGGAGCAGGUUAUGCGUCUGUCCAUCGCUGAGCACUUUCUGGCUCCUGUGGACCUUAAUAUCUAUCCGGACUACGCUUACCUGAUCGAGUAUCCCAUCGAUCUGACCACGGUCAAGUCACGCUUCGAGAAUCACUUCUAUCGCCGCAUCACCUCAGCACAGUUCGAUGUGCGCUAUCUGGCCACCAAUGCGGAGCAGUAUAACCGCCGGCACACGAUUAUCGUCAAGCAUUCCCGGAUUGUCACCGAUCUCUGUCUAAGGAUUAUCAGGGAAGCGGAUGAGAUUGAUGUGGCUGCCGUCUAUCAUCAGCUGGUGGAUGUAUAUCACUCAUCCGAGUCGGAAAACGAAGCGGAUUCGGAUGUAGUACCGUCGACCAGCACAGGGCCCACCACAUCGGCAGCUGCAGCAGCAGCCAGACAAAGAGUAUCCUCCACCCGACGCUCCACUCGUACUCAUUCGGAGGGCGAUUGGCGCGCCGACUGCCGGCAGUUGCUGGAUUUGAUGUGGGCGCGUACGGAUUCGAUGCCGUUCCGAGAACCCGUGGACACCAUUGAGUUUCCCGACUACCUGGAGAUCAUUGCCACUCCCAUGGAUCUGCGUACAGUGAAGGAGGAUUUGCUGGGUGGGAACUAUGAUGAUCCGCUGGACUUUGCCAAGGAUGUGAGGCUUAUAUUCCAAAACUCGAAGAACUACAACACCAACAAGCGCUCGCGGGAUAAUCUAGCGAUAUAUGCCAUGACACUGCGUUUGAGCGCUCUAUUUGAGUCCCACAUUAAGACGGUAGUCACCAGCUGGAAGGCGGCCUGCAGGAGAGCGAAUAAAACGAAGUCAGGCAGCAGUGGUGGCGGAGGACGUGGUGGCUCAAGCAGUCCCAACAAGCGGGCCAACAAGGAGCGAUCGACGCGUCGUAAACAGAAGCCAUCGGCUGCAGCUAGACGGUUACCGAUGGCCCACUCUAGCGACGAGGACGAGGAUGAUGAUGACGAUGAUGAUGAUGAGGACGGCAGAGCGGCUGCGUCAAGAGCCUCACGAUCUCGCCGUCGGAACGGUGUUGCCGUCACUGCCAGCUCUUCGGGCUCCAACCGCGUCACAUCUUCAUCUACCACGCAGCAGCGCAGGCACAAGAGCAGCAGCAGCGAGGAAGAGGAGGAAGAAUCCAGUGCACAGGCCACCUCAGAUGCUAGCAGUGAUGAGGAGGAGGAGGAUGAUGCCCACUCUAAUGCCAGUUCCCCAGAGCAAAUACGCACGCGCCGGGGCAGACAGAGGCAACGUGUCAAUGACGAUGAGUCCAUUGCUAACGAUUCCGAGGAUAGUUAUAAUCCCAAUGAGGGACGCAGCAGUGGCCGGCGAUCGGGAAACAAACGACCGUCGAGCAACCGGAACAGAGACAGCGGCCACCCCAGUAAACGUCGGCGUGUGAACAAGAGUCCAGCCAAUGUGGCCUCCGCCUCUGGGCCUUCUCGCCGGACUCGUCGCCUGUUGGGCAGUUCAGCCGAGGAGGCGGCCCUCUCACAGCUCGACGAGAGCACCCAGGACAGCCAGACGGGACGUCGUAAAGGUAGAUCAGCCACAAACCGCUCCCAGCCAAUUGGCAACGGUCCCAGUACGAGUGCUGCUGCGGCUGCCAGUGGCUCCGGCAGCCUUGAGAGCCCCUCUCGAAAAACUCGCACCAAUGGUAACCGGACAACGUCGAGCCAUCAUGCUGCCGAAAAUGAUCACAGCUAUCACCUGCCAGUGCGCAACGGGCGCAUCAUAGAAUCGGAUACGGAUUCCCACGGACCUAUGAGCAGACCAACUCGCCAGAGCACCAAGCGGGCUCUAAUGGAUUGGGGACGUGGCAGCGACAUCGAAGAGGAGGACAGCGAUGAUGCCGAAGAGAUCCUGCCCACGCCCACGAAGGAUGACGUACCGUCGACUAGCAGAGCUGCUUUAGCUCAGGCCGCCGCCAGUGGACCUGUCCGUCAGUUGCGUACGAAUCGCAACACUGUCAUCCGACCGGCCCAUAGCGACGACGACGAUGAUGAUGACAGUGACAACGAGCCUUUGGCCAACAAUCAGCAAAAAAAUUCACAACCUCCCGCAAAAUCAAACUCAACGGCGGCAGCACCUCAUCCGCUCUCCCUUCGUCGCCGUUUGGUCUCGCCGCUGGAACGAAGUCCACACAUGACACGCUCGCAUGCCACCUCGACGACCACUACAACGUCCUCGGUCGCAGGAUCUCAGGCACAGCAGCAGCCACCGGCGCUUUCUACUCAUGACCACAACUACCUGGGCAACCUGAACUCGUCCCGGACCCCGCGACGCAUUCUGUCUCGCCAUCAGCGCAAUGCGGAUGAGUUGGAUACGAGCCCGGAUCCUCUGGAGAGUUCCCGCCUGCAUACAGCCAUAGUCAAUCACCGGCGUCCCACCUCAACGACGACAAAUAGUACCAGUAACAGCACCAGCCAUAUGGUCACCAGACGUCUGCGAGGACGUGUCAGUCAGGCGAACUCUCAGGACGAGGACGAGGAGCAAGAACAGGAAGAGGAUGAAGCAGCUGCCUCCGACGAGGGCACCGAUGGCGGCUCUAGCACACAAUUGAACGAGGACGAGGAAGAAGAUGAUGAUGAUGAUGAUGACGACGAGGAAGAGGACUCCGACUCGGAAGACAAUCAGCCACUGACCAGCUACGUUUCGCCCAGCAACGGGCGCACCCGCCCACGUGAAGCGAAGACUUCCUCCUCCUCGGCAACGGCACAGGAGCGCCCGCUACGGCGCACACGUCGCCGGCCCUCCGAUCAAUCCUUUGUCAACGACAAUGAUGAUGACGAUGAUUAUGUGGUGCCACGCAGUCGGCGGAGCGCGAAUCGAAGCUCCAAUCAGCGUGGCGGAGGCCGUAAUCAGAAACGUCCACGCUACAACGAGGAAUCUGACGAGGAGGAAGCGGCGGCAGCAGCCAGAUCUUCUCAUCGCAGUAAACGAAUUCGCAAUGGGGAUGCCCAUGCCAGCAGCCAGGAGAGAUCACGAUCCGCCGACCACGGGCACGCCGCGGAGGACGACGACGAGGAAGAGGCUGCCAGCUCAGGGGACAGCGAUGGCCAGCGUGUUAGCGUAAGCAGCCGGGGCAGGGUGCGAAAGAUUUCGGCAAAGGCGCGUGGCAUGUUCAAGGAGUGACCGCAGACUGUUUUUUGUAUAAAUUAAAUCUAAAAUGGCGAAUCCCUGUAGCAACGUCGCUUUCUUAUUAUUGAUUAAUGUGUAAGAGUAAACCACGUCGUCACCUGUCAUUGCCCCACGUCUCAGUCGCCAUCAUUGUCCAGUCCAUGCCAGCACACAAGAAUCCCCAUCAAACCAUCAAACCAGCCCAGACAAGGAGUGUUCGUUCUCGUCAUCAACAUCCACAUCCGUCAUUCUUCAAUCGUUAUGUUCAAGUCUUGGGCUGAUCAUUGGCCUCCGCCCUACGUACUAUGUGUAGGGCGGGGUUUAUCUGUAUUUCUAUAAUAUAUAGGUACUAUCAUACAUAUAUAUUACAAAGGUAGCACUCGGAAUCACACUUCAUUUAAAAUAGUUUUAGAAUAAAGUAUCAUGAAAAAAACUGUAA